CAGUUUUCUGGUUACAAUUGCACCCCUUGGCUCUCUGUAUCUCAAUCAAUUUUCAUCGUCAUCACAUUCCCUCUCUAUCUCUACCGAUUACUAUUUCAUUCAUUUCCAUGGCCUCCGCCCCAACCAUUUUCCUGCAAGAACCCCGCUUUAAAUGGAAAAUCUCUCCUCAAUUGCCCACCCUAAAUCCCCUCGCCCAAAAUCACAUCAAAAUCCGCAAAAUUUUGAAAAAACUCAGCAUCAAUUGUUUGUUCACCGGCGAUUAUUCUUCCACCGACCGACGCGUCAGCAAGAAUGGAUUCAGGGAGUUGGAAAUCAAGCAAAACCCAGCUGAAUUCGUGGCCGAAACAAUAAAAAAUAUGCUCAAGGCGCUGCGGAAACCGGCGGCGGCAGCUGUGCUGGUGGGGCUGCUGCUGAUGUACGAUCCCAAUUCGGCGCUUGCGGUCUCCGGUGGGCGGAUGGGCGGGAGGUCGUUCUCCUCGUCGCGGUCGUCGUCGCAGAGCUACAGCACGCCGCGGACGGGGGCGGGGUCGGGCUUCUCGUUUUCGGCGCCCUAUUAUGCGCCGUCGCCGUUUGGUGGGGUUUAUGUGGGCCCCGCGGUCGGUGUUGGCUCCAGCUUUUCCCUUAUUAUGAUCGCAUUUGUUGCAUUCGUGUUGGUGUCCGGUUUCUUGUCCGAUGGCUCUCAGGGAAGUGUGCUCACAGCUACUGACAAAACUACUGUGCUCAAGCUGCAGGUCGGACUGUUGGGCUUAGGAAGGUCACUCCAAAAGGAUCUGAACCGGAUUGCUGAAAUUGCAGAUACAUCCACCUCUGAAGGUCUACACUAUGUGUUGACAGAGACAGUACUAGCAUUGCUUCGGCAUCCUGAUUAUUGCAUUUCUGGCUAUUCAUCAGUUGAUGUAAAGAGAAGCAUGGAAGAAGGGGAAACGAAAUUCAACCAAUUAUCUAUUGAAGAACGCGGCAAGUUUGAUGAGGAGACACUUGUCAAUGUCAACAACAUUAAAAAGAAAAGCUCGACUGUCCUGCGAGCAGGUGGAUUUAGCAAUGAGUACAUAGUUAUCACAAUCUUGGUGGCUGCUGAAGGAGAUCACAAGCUGCCGUCCAUUAACAAUAGUAAAGACUUGAAAGAAGCUCUGCAAAAGCUGGCAUCUAUUCCAUCAAGUAGAACAAUGGCUGUCGAGGUCCUCUGGACACCCCAAAAUGAUGACGACACUCUUUCAGAACGAGAGCUGCUGGAAGACUACCCCUUGUUGCGGCCUCUUUAAGAGAUGGAAACUAUCCCGCAUCUUCCUCCUCGAUACAAAGAGUUGAGUUUAGUAUCGAACUGCCUUAAAUAAAUGCUGCGGCUUUCGAUCCAGAACAGGAGAGAGCUCGAGCAAGAUGAAAAAGUUCAAACGUGUAUAUAUAUAUGACUUGAAGCUGUGUAGCAUUUAGGCCUCGAAUGUUUUCCUUUAGUUCUUAGAAUUCUAAUACGAAUUCAUAAGAUUGUUGCCUAUGGUCCAGUAUAUCUUCUUGCACGGGUUCAAAUUGGUUAAGUUAAAGGAAUAUAUGACCAAUAUUUACACAGAAA